UGCUUUUUGGGCAUGGCAGCGUCGGCCGACAUUGUCGCCGCGGCCGCACCGGCGGAGGUUUCCAUCGAGGAACAAGAAAAUGACUCCGACUGCCGUGUGUACGUGGGUCGCUUGACGUCGCAGGCAAACGAGACCGAUCUGCAAGCCUUCUUUCGACCGUACGGUGUGAUUCGACACAUUUGGAUCGCUCGCAAGCCUCCCGGAUUUGCCUUUGUCACAUACUCCAAGGCGGACGCAGCCCAACGCGCGGUAAAUGCAGUCGUAGCUAUGAAGAACCCGUGCAUAUUGGGCCAAACUAUCAAGUGUCAGCUAUCCAAGGGCGAUGAUGCGGUGCCCCCACCGGCAUCUGCCCCGACUGCGCCGAGGACACGCGUGCGCAAGCGAAAGGGCGAAACGUUCAAGCAAAGGAAAGAGCGCAAACUAAAGGCCAUCGAAGCAAGUAGUCGAAGCCAAUCAACUGGUCUUCGUUAAGUUAUCGUCCUUGGACAAGGGAAAAAUGGCGAGGCAUAGGCACCAUCGUGCUCGACUCCACGAGCACUUCCACCGAGUCGGCCUGCAGCUCUUGCUCGUCCACCGUUUCUUUGCAUGCAUGUGCCCGUGUAGACGACACAAGCGCUGGAAAGAACAUCGACCCUCCUUGGCCCAGUUCAUCGCAUUCCUGCCACAUCGCUGCUGCCCUGACUGGUUUGGACAGGUGGACAUCCUUGCCUGGCUGGGCGAUGACCGUGGGUGGCUGCUCUGCCACGUCAUCCGCGCAGCUGGAACGGAUACCGUUUGGGAGGUGUUUCGGUGGAGUCGGCGGCGGUUCCUGGGGCGGACGGGAUGGCAUGUCGUUGCGUCGGGCAUGUGGUCGCUCGAUCGACAGCGGAGGCAGCUCAACCUCUCGGAUCGCAUUGCUCGUGGUUGACGUGUGUGGUGUUCGAUAAGAGUGGUGUGGUGACGCCAUUGCCACUGUCUUUGCAAUUUGACCCGGCGGAACGAGUUUACUCACUCGUCGCGGUUUGGAAAGUCGAAGCGGUGAGCUUCCAUCUUCCUUCUCACGGGAAGAUGUUGUCGUGGCGACGGAUGCGAGAGUACGUGGCUCUUGAUGUGCGAUCGCGGCGACGGGCGGUUUGUCCAGCACGCGCUCGCGAAUGAGUUGAAGCACGUGACUCUGCUCGGCCAACUG